UGCGGGGGGUGCGGUCAAGGGGUGGCGGAGGCCAGCCGUGGAAGAGGAGGAGGAUCAGGGGCACUCGCCGCUGUCAGUACACCCUGCAACACAUACCAGAUAUGGCAACUGCCUCACAGCCUUCGGUGUCCGCACCUGUGGGAAUACUUCCCGCAACUACUGCGAAGACUAAGACAAAAAAGAAACACUUCGUGCAGCAGAAGAUCAAGGUGUUCCGGGGCAGCGAUCCGGUCAUCAGCGUCUUUAUGUGGGGAAUCAACCACUCGGUCAAUGAGCUUAACCAAGUCCCUAUUCCUGUGAUGCUCCUACCGGAUGAUUUCAAGGCAAAUUCCAAAAUAAAAGUUACAAAUCACCUUUUCAAUAGGGAGAACCUUCCGAGUCACUUUAAAUUUAAGGAGUACUGCCCACAAGUUUUCAGAAAUCUCCGUGAGCGUUUUGGUGUUGAUGACCAGGACUACCAGGUCUCCCUGACACGUAGUUCUCCUUACAGUGAAAAUGAAGCGCAUGGUGGUCGGUUUCUCCUCUCCUAUGAUAAAACAUUAGCAGUUAAAGAAAUAUCCAGUGAAGACGUAGCAGAUAUACACAAUAUUCUCUCCGAUUACCACCAACAUAUUGUGAAGUGUCAUGGCAGCACCCUUUUGCCUCAGUUUUUUGGGAUGUAUCGGUUAAACGUAGAUAAUGAAGAUCAUUAUAUGCUGGUAAUGAGGAACAUGUUCAGCCACAGACUUAUUGUUCACAGAAAGUAUGAUCUCAAGGGCUCGUUGGUGUCACGUGAAGCCAGUGAUAAGGAAAAGGUUAAAGAACUUCCCACGUUUAAAGAUAUGGAUUUUUUAAACAAGAGCCAGAAAGUGUAUGUGGAUGAGGAGCAAAAGAAAGCCUUUAUGGACAAGUUAAAGCGCGAUGUGGAGUUUCUAGUGCAAUUGAAAAUUAUGGAUUAUAGUUUAUUGCUUGGAAUCCAUGAUGUUAGUCGUGCUGAGCAAGAGGAAGAGGAGGAAGUAGAAGAGGAGGAUACUGAAAAUGAGGGGGCUGCCCACACUGCAGUUGGAUCAUAUGGAACAUCCCCAGAAGGAAUAGCUGGAUACCUAAACUCCCAUAAACCACUGGGCCCCGGAGAAUUUGAACCCUAUAUAGACGUAUAUGCAGUCAAAAGUUCUGACAGUGCUCCACAGAAGGAAGUGUAUUUCAUGGGACUAAUUGACAUCUUAACGCAGUAUGAUGCAAAAAAGAAAGCCGCCCAUGCCGCCAAGACUGUGAAACACGGGGCUGGAGCAGAGAUCUCUACAGUUCAUCCGGAGCAGUAUGGAAAGCGAUUCUUGGAAUUUGUCACCAAUAUUUUUGCUUAACCCUUCAAAGAAGAGAGACUGUUAAUAUAAAGAGCCUUUUAAUACCUCUGAUUGAUAUUGACUUGUUCAAAAGAAGCAAGUUUACUGUAUUGUGUAAACUACAUUUCUACUACAACAAUUCAGCAACAAUAUGCUUUUUUUACACGUUUUUCAGAUUUGUUAUUUUUAUAGUUUUUUCACCUCUUUCUUACUCCUAGGAUUCUUUUGUAUAGGUAUUUAAGGUUAGAACUGGAGAGAAAUUUGUGAAACAGGCCUAACAAUGUUUCUUUUUCACAGGCUUAGACAUUUAAACUGCUCAGAACCUAAGUAGUUAAACAGUUAUUCCAAGUAAAACCAUAACCCUGUGUACUGUUCCUGAGCUGUGUAGCAUAAUAUUAUUGUAGUAUACACAAUGAUUCAUUACUAACACCAUAGGCUAUAUAACCUAAACACAGGAAAGGGUCCCUUGUGACACUGAUCACAAUAUCUACAGUGGUGUUUUCUAAUCUAUUAGUAAUUACAAACGAUCUUGAUUAAAUCUUUUAGAUAUUCAAGAAA